AUUUCGAUCUUACGAAAAAAAGUAAACUCUUGCGAAACAAUAACAAAAAUGCGAAAUUCUUCACGAUUUUAUAAAUACAAGCUAAAGAAGGACUCAUCUUUAUGAAAUAGCAGUAACAGUUACAGUAUAGCUAUUCAGAUUCAUCUAUUUAACACACGGAAUUAGAGGACAUCUCUAGAUAUCGUACUUAUAGCAUUGUUGAAUGUUCUACCGGACGCCAAAUAUUCCGGAUAUCAUUAGAAAUUCUUUCUUAGGCCGAUUACGUUGGAGAGGAAUGGAAAUUAGCAAAAGUGUCAACAAAGUCCAUUUUGCUUUUGGUGUGAUCGCAGAUGUGCAGUACGCAAACAUAGAAGAUGGGUACAAUUUUGCAAAGACCACUCGCAGAUACUAUCGCACAGCUCUGCCAAUGCUUACCCGAGCCAUAGAUAGCUGGAAGUCAGAUGGUGUUUGUAAACCGCAGUUUGUUUUACAACUCGGUGAUGCAUUGGAUGGGAAAAACAAAGGACAUAACAUAUCUGAGUCAUCAUUGACAUCUGUCGUGAAUGAAUUUUCAAAGUUUAAAGGUCCUAUGUACCAUAUAUGGGGAAACCAUGAAUACUACAAUUUUAGUCGGCAACAAUUGAUGUCAUCACCUCUGUACUCCGGAAAGGAACAAAAUGCCAUUCCUGUUGAAGGCAAAGCCUACUAUGCAGUUAUUCCGCAUUCAAAGCUUAGGAUCCUCGCUCUUGACUGUUAUGAAAUAAGCCAGCUUGCAAGUCCACAUGGUAGUUUGGAAUACACGCAAGCUUGUGAAUACAUGGCAAACAAUGUGAAUGAGGAUCAGAAUUCCUCUAUUGGUUUGGAAGGGGUGAACAGGAGGUUUGUCAAGUACAAUGGUGCCUUCAGCGAGGAACAGAUCAUCUGGAUUGACAGCAAUCUCGGGGAAGCUGAGGAGUUGAAACAAAAUGUGAUAAUCAUUGGUCACUGUGGCAUAUGUCCAGGGGCGACAGACGACUCAUGCCUGUGCUGGAAUUUCCCCGAUGUCCUGAGUGUUAUACAGUCGAGACCAUGCGUUCUUGCGUACCUGUCAGGACACGACCAUUCUGGUGGCAGGAAUGUGGACGAACAUGGAAUUCUUCACAUGGCUUACCCAGGGGUUCUGGAAAACAAUGUGGAGUCAGAUUUUGGAACAUGUUACAUGUACAGUGAUAAACUUGUGAUGAAGGGGAAUGGGCGUGUUCCAAAUCUUGAGCUGAACCUUAGGUAUAAGAUUGACUCUUGACGAAUGCCCAGUCCAUAGCUGCUGUAUCUUACCUUUUUGUUUUAGCGAGAAAUUUUAACAGGCAGAGGGGGGAAUUUGAGGUGUAUUAUUGUUAAAUUGCUAUAUCGCAUAUUUUACCUUAAAGUUGCUUUGGUUUGUGGUAAAAUUGGCAAAAUAUGCCAUAUUCAUGUCAAGGGACCAUGAUUUUAUGGAUGAAGUUUAUAUUUCUAUAUUUCUACAUGUGGAACAGACAAAUUAUCUGUAAUUGAGUUUUGUAUUUAUCAUUAAACAUUUGGCUAUGUAUUAAAAUCACAUGCAUGUCAUGGGAUGAAAGCAAACAAGUAAUUUAAAGUUUUUAUUUUCAAGUGAAGAUUUCGUAAUUUACCACUAAGAUUCUUAAAUGAACCAAGGCCCUGUUUAGAUAAAAAUCGAAAGUCCUCAGAUCAUAAAUUUCUAGGCUUAACAUUCUCGUAAAUUGCAUUUCAAUAAAAUAUGUUAUAAGGACAAACCUUUAAUUGCAUAGUUUCUGCCCUUUACUUUACUCGAGCACUCUGAACCAGGGUAAGAUAAGCAACCAAGAUAUCUUAUAGAAAUGGGGCGCAGGCCCUAGGGGCUAAUAUUACAUAUUAUAUAAAUAUAAUUAAGACCAAAAAUUUCAACCUAUCUAUUAAAUUGAAAGCACUCCACAUUGAAAGCAUUCUAACCUUUACAAUACUGCUAUAUGCAACAGCCCACAUUGAAAGCACUCUAACCUUUACAAUACUGCUUUAUGCAACACCCCACAUUGAAAGCAUUCUAACCUUUACAAUACUGCUUUAUGCAACACCCCACAUUGAAAGCAUUCUAACCUUUACAAUACUGCUUUAUGCAACACCCCACAUUGAAAGCAUUCUAACCUUUACAGUACUGCUUUAUGCACUAGCCCACAUUGAAAGCAUUCUAACCUUUACAAUACUGCUUUAUGCAACACCCCACAUUGAAAGCAUUCUAACCUUUACAAUACUGCUUUAUGCAACACCCCACAUUGAAAGCAUUCUAACCUUUACAGUACUGCUUUAUGCAACACCCCACAUUGAAAGCACUCUAACCUUUACAAUACUGCUUUAUGCAACACCCCACAUUGAAAGCACUCUAACCUUUACAAUACUGCUUUAUGCAACACCCCACAUUGAAAGCAUUCUAACCCUUACAAUACUGCUUUAUGCAACACCCCACAUUGAAAGCAUUCUAACCUUUACAAUACUGCUUUAUGCAACACCCCACAUUGAAAGCAUUCUAACCUUUACAAUACUGCUUUAUGCAACACCCCACAUUGAAAGCAUUCUAACCUUUACAAUACUGCUUUAUGCAACACCCCACAUUGAAAGCAUUCUAACCUUUACAGUACUGCUUUAUGCAACACCCCACAUUGAAAGCACUCUAACCUUUACAAUACUGCUUUAUGCAACACCCCACAUUGAAAGCAUUCUAACCUUUACAAUACUGCUUUAUGCAACAGCCCACAUUGAAAGCAUUCUAACCUUUACAGUACUGCUUUAUGCAACACCCCACAUUGAAAGCAUUCUAACCUUUACAGUACUGCUUUAUGCAACACCCCACAUUGAAAGCAUUCUAACCUUUACAGUACUGCUUUAUGCAACACCCCACAUUGAAAGCACUCUAACUUUUACAAUACUGCUUUAUGCAACACCCCACAUUGAAAGCAUUCUAACCUUUACAGUACUGCUUUAUGCAACACCCCACAUUGAAAGCAUUCUAACCUUUACAGUACUGCUUUAUGCAACACCCCACAUUGAAAGCAUUCUAACCUUUACAAUACUGCUUUAUGCAACACCCCACAUUGAAAGCAUUCUAACCUUUACAAUACUGCUUUAUGCAACACCCCACAUUGAAAGCAUUCUAACCUUUACAAUACUGCUUUAUGCAACACCCCACAAUGAAAGCAUUCUAACCUUUACAAUACUGCUUUAUGCAACACCCCACAUUGAAAGCAUUCUAACCUUUACAAUACUGCUUUUUGCAACAGCCCGCAUUGAAAUCUGCUUUCAUCUUAAGCCAAAAUUAUUAGAAAAAAAUAUUUGGCAAUUCCACACAUACAUUUUUUACUUCCUACAACAUGGCCAUCAAUUCCAUAACAAAAAAAUCCAAACAAAAUAUGACCAACAGAGAGGCUAAAACACAUUAGUUUUUUUGAGACGCUCAGGAAAUAUCAAACAAAUUGUUCAGUUAUUUGAGGCCUUAAAUGCAUACACUGCCUGAGUAUGUACAUGUUCACUUCCGGAGUAUUGAGUCACAAAGCUUCGAUUGUUUUGUCCAUUUUUUUAAAAAAUGUAUCAUUUGUACAUCCUCAGGUUCAUGUUAAAAUUGCUUAUAGCUUAAAUAGUUUGUUGUUGUAUUAAUACUAUUUCAGGUAUUAUUAUUAUUUAUUAUUAUUUAUUUUUAACUUUUUUGCAUUCCAUGAUAAGGAUAUGUAUAUGUAUAAUUAAUGUAUAAUUAAUUGUCACUUGAUCACUAUGUUAUAUGCCUGUCAUUGUAAAAACGCUGUUUGCUCAUGAGCAUUUCUUCUUGAUGUACUUGUGAAUAAGCUCUAUAUUAAUGAUUAUGAUUCAAAAUAAACCUUGUUAGAAUGUUAAUAAUUCUAUUACUCAGGUGAUGUUAUUGUUGUUUCCAGUCAAGUCCUAGAUGUCUUUCAUUGACAACAGCAGAAAUUACUAAUGAUUAAGAAUGAUAAGAAUACUGUUAAAGGGACUAGACACCAGAUGAUACAUUUGAAAGAAAAAAUAGAAAAUUUUCAAAUGCUUACAUAAAAUUAACAUUGUUAUGUACAAGGCAAAGAAUCUUACUUACUGAUGUAUCUCAUUGUUUAAGACGCAUACAUCUUUCCCAAUUAUUUUUUUAAUUUGAAAUUUACUGGGUUUGUACAUGUAUAUCCCAGGUAGUUUAAAAAUAGCUUAAGUAUAUUUAUCUGUUUUCAUAACUGGUAUGGUUUUAAUAUUAUGCACUAUUUUUAAAUGGGGAAACUUAGAUCAGACGGCAUUGUGUUUAUUCUUUUAAUCAUAUAAAAUUAUGUAUUAUCAGGCUCCUACUAUUCUAGGCUUGUUUUGAGAAAAUACUGUAUUUGCCGAUUUUUGGACCAUCUGGUGUCUGGUCCCUUUAAGAAUUAUUGUACAGGCGUUAUUUGUUUACUUAAAACAUGAACAUUGUUGUCCUUAAAAGAGCAAAAACAAUAUGGAAAUUCUCUCAAGUUUGCUGAAUAGUUAAAACAUUUCUUUUUAUAGUGAAUCUUUUUAUAAAAAAAAUAAUAGUUAAAAGUAGAACCAUUUAUAUGUCGGAACUGAGAAGCUGUUGAUAUUAUAUGUUUUAACAUUUAUGUUUACUUUUUAGCAUAUGUUAUAAACUUUAAAUGCAAGACAAAUUAGUAUUUAUGUAUUAUGUUUUAUGUUGUAAUAUUUAAUAACUUUUAUGUUGUUAAUGGUACUCACUCAUGGUUUGUAAAAUGCACUCGUUUAUGAUGAAAUAAAGUGUGACAAA